CAAAACCAUCAAACCCAGAUCUUAGAUGAAAAUGUAAUCACGGCUGCUCUAGUAGGCGCUCAUUUGCAGAGGCAGCGACAGUUCUGUGGAGAUAAGCGCCAGGCAAGACGGGGAUGGGGGGGGGGGAACUCCCCACUCCCCAUCAGUUUAGCAAGGCCCGCCGUGCUCCGCUGAUUUCUUCGUAUAUUAGCGAACGUCACGAUGUUGACGGCAGCUGCCCGUUAACCUGCGGAGGAUGAGUGGAUCCACGGGACCGGGCGCGAGCAGAUUCCCACGUAUUCAGACGCCAAUGAAACGGACUGCAGAUACUCGCUCACGUGCACACCCCGCGCGCGCGCGCACGCGCCAGCCGUCAAACGUUCCGAGCAGACAGGAAGGAGAAGAGAGUCGAUCUGAUGGAGCAGUAGCCGCGUCCUCCCGCGCCACCCCCAAAGCUGAUCCGUCUCGUGGACGCGCCCGGAGCGUCCGGUCGAAGCGUGCGUUGAUGUAGACCUGGUCGUCCUGCGGGCGGACAUCUCGGCACGUCGUGUGCUAUCGUCAAACGGCUCCACGAUGUCAGCGAGUCAUUAGAGGAGGAAUGGAGACGAAGGGGCAACGACGCCGAGCAUCGUCGUCGCCGUCACUCCUCGUCUUGUUGGCAGCCGCGCUCUGCGCGUUUCACGCGGCGACCGGGACGAGCGGAAGCGGCGGCGGCGGCUCAGCAUCCUCAGCGUCAGCGUCUCCUCCGCCAGAUGCUGGAAGGAGGGAUGCGCCGUCAACCUGGCCGAGACAGACCAGCAGCAGUUCUGACUACUUAAGCCACGAAACCCUCGGCAAUGACAGCAGCAGCCUUACACCAACGCUUAAAGAGGAGCCCACCCUCGCCGACGGCUCCCCUUUCAACACCAGCGGAAGCAGUAGUCCCACUUUGACAUCUGGAAGGUCAAACAGACCAAGUUUGGGCACGGAGGCGCCCAGGACACCAAUUUGCGCCUACCAAGUAAUCGAGGGAGGCAUCGGGGGCCAGUUGUGUUUUCGGCAAACUCAGUUUGGGUUCCAGUGCCGCAAGGGAGAUUGCAGGACUGUAAAGUCUAGUGCCAGGAGUCUGGUGGCAAACGUUCUCACCAAUGGCAGUGUAUUUUUACAGUGGAACCAGGGUGGUGCUAGGAAAAAGAUUCAAGUGAAAUCUAAAGUGGCGAUGACUGACCGCGACACAAAGACCGCACAAAAUGGAUCUGGCUCAGUAGGGGAGGAAGACUGGCUUCCUACCCCCCCACCAAAGACUGUUUUCAACGGCAAACACCACAGAAGGGGUGGCUUCAAGUUGAGCUGCUUUUGGAAUGGAAGCUAUACUCAGUUUGAGUGUGCUGGUGUCCAUCUUGGGUCCGGCUGCAGAGACUUUCUGCUGACUGAGCUGCACGAGAACGUCCCCUACCGCAUCUGCCUGAGCUCCCUGUCCCGCCCAGGUCUAGCCAAGAGAGCAGAUCAAGGGGACUGUGUGGAGUUUACUGUAUCUCCCACCGGGAUGCAGGACAUUGUGAUCGCCAUGACAACAGUGGGGGGCGCAAUCUGCGUGAUGCUGGUCAUCAUCUGCUUAUUGGUUGCAUAUAUCACUGAAAACAUUAUGAGCCCCUCAACACAGCAUACUUACUCCUACCACACACACUCUCGCCACUAAUAUUGCUGUACUCAGAAAGGGCACUGCUGGAAUAAAAAGCGUAGGUUAUGCAUAAUAAGGUUUCUUGAUUACCAUAUCUAAUCUAAGAGUUCGUCUGUCGCCAUUUUACAAUGCUGUGAUUGCAACAAAAAAUAAAUCCCAAAUCCUCUGUGAAUAGUACACACUGUAGUAAAUGGUCACACCCAUAUUUGCAUAUGAACCUGGUCGUUAUGCAACUGUAUUGUUUAUAAGGGUGGAGAUACCUGCAGUCAGACUGAAGAGGUCACUCAGACGAGGGAUCUGUCAAUAAACGCUGUAUUCAGAUGAACUGAUUCAACCUUCUUUGACCCAUCUCCUCUCACACUUACAAUAACCAGUGACUCUUUGGAUAAGCCGCAUAUUAUGAAAUGCACCUUCAGACAUGAGUCAAACAAGCACAACUUGAGGUUCUGAAAGGAACACAUAACUUGCCUUGUAAACCUCUGCAAGGGACGCACUGAACCAAAACUGUACAUGACUUACUUCAAAGAGACCACUGUGUACUCCUUUUCUUUUUUUGUUCCUGUGCACUGUUUAUCUGUCAAUGGCAAUGAAUCUAGCAGCUUGUAUGCUGGUGAUGUCUUCUCUGCAAUACAAAUAAUAAAGUGUAUUUGAGGAACAGGAGAGUUGAGCUUACUGUUUAGCCCGGGAGAGAGAAAUCCAGACUGUGGUACAUGUCGUUGCACAGAGAACAUAAACUCACUAGAGAACACUUCUCCACUUCACUUUGUCAUACAUUGUGUCACUUUAGUCUACUUAGACUAAACUGUGUAGAGACUAUAUGUACUGUAGUGUAGACAAUGACACGCACCAAUUUCUGCAGAUACUUUGCCAAACUGUGGCUCUAUCAGUCAGUCAAUAAAGUAA